AAAGCCGCCUCUCCCAACCCAACCCAACCCAAACCCAAAGCCAAGUCGCACUCCUCCUCCUAUCCCCACCCCUUUCCUCUCCAUCGCCCAGGCGGCCACCGGCCGGCGCCGCCGCCGCCGCAGCCCGCGCGUCUCCGAUUCGGCGAAUUUGGGGGCUGGGGAAAGAGGAGGAGCGGGCGACUUCUCUCUCUGGUGGUUGGAUUGGAUUGGAGCUUCAGGACAAGAUGCACUUCCUUGCAUCAUUUCACGGCCCUGCAGGUUUUGAGCUUUUGUCUGUUUCGCUGGGAUGGAUGCCAAGAAGUUCCUGCAGAUGGUCGAAGACAAGAAGAAGAGACUCCUCGAGAAGAAGGAAGCCCCACUGAAAUGGCAGCAGAAACUCGAAGCAGCAAUUAAGGCCACUGAAGAAAAGGAGAAGAAGCUCAAGUCAAGAAAGCACAGGAGGCGAAGCUAUUCUUCCUUGGAAUCUGAUAGUGAAUCAGAGAGCGACAGUGAUCGUAAACACAGGAAGAGGAAGGACAGCAAAAGGCACAGGAAACAUGGCCACUCUGACUCUGAUGGUGCCAGGAGGCGCAAGCAUAGGUCAAAGAGGAGGCAUUCAGACUCAAGUGAUGAGAGUGACAGCGAUGACUACAAUAGUGAAUCUGAAGAAGAACGCCCAAGGAAGAAGCACUCGCACAGGAGAAAGCAUCGCCGACACUCUUCAAGGUCAGAGUCUGAUGCUUCAGACUACAGCAGCGACGAUGAUGAGCGAAGAUCAACCAGGAAGGACCACUCUAGGAGCCGGAGGCGCCGCCACCGAUCCUCAGACGAUGAAUCCGAGGACAAGAUCAGGUCGAGGCAUAGGAAGCGCCACAGAUCAAGUGACGAAGACAAGCCAUCAGAUUCUGACAACCAUAAGCGCCAUAGGAGCCGCUCUAUGUCCUUGGAUGAUGGUGCUGCUGGUGAGCCAGACAAGAUGAAUGAUGGUAAGGGGUCUCACAAAAGCCGCCAUCACCACCACCGCCGCCACCAUCAUGACCAUCAUGGCAAGUCUGCUGAACCCAGUGACGGGAAGCAACUCGUGUGAGUUGUUAACGCAUCGGAACCUGAUUGGCAUCAUCACUGGACUAUGUGGGAAGGUUUGCCCAGUUGGCUAGUUGCUGAAUGAAAGCGAUGUAUCUCUCAUAAUGUUACCGUCUCAGCUCUGCCGCGGAUGCUGAAGCCUGUACUUGUUGCUCUGAAACGUUUGGUAGCACUAAUGUUAUUUCCAGCAUUUCCUCUGU